UUUUGAAUUUUUUUUUGGGGGCGUUUACUUUUGAUCUUCUUUUUCUUGUCUCAUGGAGAGUUGGCCCCUCAGACGUGACCUUCUGUUCCAGAUUCCAAUAGUUUCAUCAAGAGGGUUCAGCAAGAAGAAAGGGAAUUCUUGACGCUUGGAAAAAAAUUUGAACAUGGUUAAAAGGAAAGAUCCAUUUUGGGAGCAUGCAGUGGAAAUGGAAAAUAGUCGUUUUAUGUGUAAGUUUUGUCACGACUGUUUUUCUGGGGGUAUUUCAAGAAUUAAAUCACAUUUGUCUGGGCUUAGUGGCCGUGAUAUUCAACUUUGUCCAAAAGUACCUGAAGCAAUUCAGUUAAAAGCAAAACAAGCAUUACAACCGAUUGACCCUCCCACUAAGAGAGCUAAAAAUGUGGCAGCAUCAAAUAAUUUUCUUGAGGGUGAAAUUGUUUCAGGUUCCUCAUCAUCACAUAUGCCAAAUCAAUGUAAAUUGGAUAAACAAUUUGCUAUGUUCCUCUUCUCGGAUAGAAUUUGUGUUGAUGCCAUUUCAUCCCUCAUCUUCAAGAACUUUUUGAAUGGUGUUGCUGAACAUGGUCCCGGUUAUGAACUACCAAGUUCUUUCACUGUCAAAUCACGGGUGAUUCCAGAUAUCAAGAAAGAAGUUGAGGAAUACAUGGAAAAUGUCAUGAAAAAAUCAAUUAAAACAGGUUAUACCUUGAUGUGCAGGAUAAGUUUUUAUAGUAACUGUAGCUUCCUCGGUGGCGAAGAUGCACAUGUAACGGAUAUCUUUGCAUAUACACCAAAAGGAAUGGUGUGCAUGAAUCCACCAUUCUACAGCGACUUUGAAGAAACCAUGUCUUACAUUAUGAUGUUUUUUGGGCAUGCAAAUGCAGUACAAUUUAUAAUUGAUAAUGACGAUUGCAACACAGAAAAAUAUGGCAGUUCAAUCAAGGAUUUCCUUACGAAAGAGUAUCCCGGGAUUUACCAGACCCCGUGUGCUACUCAUGGGAUUAGAUUACUCUUGCGAAAAAUAGCUGAUGUUCCUUUUGUGCAUAAUACACUUACAGUAGCGAAGUGGAUAGUUGAAUAUAUUUUCAGGUGUAAAGUCGAUGUGUCGUUGAGAAGAGUACACAAAAUGAAAAGUAAUGUUGCUUCCUAUUUUUUCAGCCUUAUAUCACUCUUAGAAGUUGAAAGUGAAUUGCAAGCUGUGCAGGUACCUAUUGUAACGUUGUUUAGUGAUUGGGAGAAGCUAGGUGAUGACAGGCGGGAAGCAUUCGAAGUUGCAAAGUUUAUUAAUUUAGCUAUUCAUUGCAAAGAAUUUUGGAGCCGAGGGAAAAUGGUAGCACAAGUUAUGAAACCACUAUAUCAAGUUCUUGAUCUGGUUCAUUGUGAUGGCCCAACAUUUGGAUACCUAUAUGAGAUGAUGGAAAGAGUACAAGAUGCAAUUAGGCAAUGCUGUCGCAGUAAUCAAGUCCUUUAUGAGGACAUAUGGAAAAUUUUAAAUGAAGUUCGAAGUGAUAUUAUUCAUCCAAUACAUGCAGCUGCUGCCUUUUUAAAUCCCAUUUACAUGUGUAGUGAGAAAUUUGAGGAGAAUAACGAAAUGAUUGAUGGUGUAAAAAAUAUUAUGCAAAUUUUAGUUGGGUCGGAAGAGGAGGAAGCUUUCAAGAGCCAAGUACAAUUUUACCGCAUAAAAGACUCAAACUUGUUCACAGAUCAAGCCAUGAUGAUGCUAAAAUCAUCACAUCCUCGAGUAUGGUGGGAAUCUUGUGGAAAUAAUCUCCCUGUAUUACAAAAAUAUGCCAUUCAGAUCUUGAGUCAACCUUGUAGUUCUACAUUAUGCAAGCGACAUAAGUUACGAGACAAUUACUCAGCCGAUAGUGCAUUUAUGUUGAAUACAAUGAUGAUGGAAAGGUAUAAAUCCCUGGAAACACAAAUGAGAGAGCCAAUUAUUCUUGACAAACUUGGUGUACUUCAUGAUGAUCCUAAAUUUCAAGAUCUUUGGAAUGAAGAAAAUGAAUUGGAUGUAGAUAAUGAUAGGUUAUUCAUUAAUCCUUUCUUUCGCAUGGCAGAGGAUCCCACUGGUUCAUGGUUGGAUUGGUGGCCCAUGAAGCGAAACGAAUUAUGAAAACAAAAAGAAAAUUAUCUUUUUUCUUUGUAGCAUUAACAAAUCCAAUUUUUUAUUUAUUUUUUAAUAAUUUUUGCGGAUGCUUUUUUU